GGGUCCAGCUCUCACGUGUUGCGUUAGUUCGACAUCUAACGGGAGUGUGGGUAACCUCUAAAGACAUGAUGGGUUUGAUCUUUGUAUAAAAACGGAGGAGAUCCAAGAAAGUGCCAUCAUUCACUAACCAGGAACAGCUCGACACACACACUCAGGUGUCCUAAAGUAAAGCGAGCGUUAGAGAGAGAGAGAGAGCGAGAGAGAGAACAAACAGAUUAACUACGAUGAAGGUCUUCAUUUGUCUACUGGCCACAGUUUGUGCCUGUAAUGCCACAUUUCUGUCAUUCCUGGGCGGCGGCGGCGGCGGCGGCGGAGGAGGCGGCGGUGGUACUAAAACCACAUAUAAUGUGAUUGCCACUCCCAGCCACGGAGGUGGAGUCUCAGGAGGAGGAGGAGGAGGAGGCGGCGGUGGUCAUGGUCACGGUCACGGCCAGAGUCAUGGCUAUGCUCAAGGAGGCGGCGGCGGAGGUGGAUCUUCCCAGAUCAUCAAGGUCAUUUUGCAAGAGGGUCAAGCAUACAGUAAUGGCGGAGGAUCGGCUGCAUCUGUUAUCGGUCAUGGUGGUGGUGGCUAUGGCGGAAAUGCCGGUGGUUAUGCCAGUGGCUAUUCCAGCGGAUAUUCCAGUGGCUAUGCCAGCGGUCAUGGUCAUGGCGGUCAGCAGCAACACGCUCAAAUCUAUAAAAUUAUCGAACAGCAGGCUCCUGCUCCCGUUUCCGUUCCCGCACCCGUGCCGGUGCACAUUCCCGCACCUGCCCCAAUCGCUUAUCAUGCUGUGAGUGGAGGCGGUGGCGGCGGCGGUUACUCUUAUGGCCAUGAUCAUUCCCACUCUCAUUCGCACUCUUAUGGACAAUCCUAUGCUUCCGGUCAUGGCUAUAGCGGUAGUUCUUCCUCAAUUGAUGCCAUAUUGCCACAAAUCCUUCAACUGGUACUACAGGAAGACUCUUUCGGUGGUGGCGGUGGAGCAGGUAAUAUUGAUGCCAUCAAUGGACAAUUGAUUGAUGCCUUUGGCCAGCGCGGCAAGGCCAUCAUCUUGAAGGCAGAUCAAGCCCAGGGAGCCUUCUUCAAGAGCGGUCAUGUGGUCCAGCGUGGCACACUUAAAGUGAUGCGCGCCCAGGACAAUCAGCAACAACAGCAAAUUGGCGGCGGUGGCUGGGCCAAGGGUGGUGCAUCCGCUCAAUCGGGUGGUUGGAGCAACAAUGGUGGCUCGGCAUCUGCGGGUUGGAGCAAUAACGGUGGCUCCUCCUCUGGUGGUUGGAGCAAUAACGGUGGCUCCUCCUCUGGUGGUUGGAGCAAUGGCGGUGGCUCUAAUUCCGGUUGGAGUAAUGGCCAAUCUUCGGGCUGGUAGGCAAACCAACGUCUAUCCUAUCCCUCAUCAUAGUUAGUUAGACCAAAACAAAUGCAAAUCAUUUCAUUUACCUUUUUUUUUUACUAGGUUAAUUUCCCCACAGUCAUUACACUUUGUAGCCAAAGUA